AUGGUUCGCAAUAUUGCUGUUAUACUGGCCGUCGCGUCUUCGGCUAUUUUAGCAGGGGCUGCAAGUAUCGACAAGAGGAUUGUCAAGGGAGAAAAUGCCAAAGAGGGCGAUUUUCCCUUCAUGGUGAGCGUAUGGUCGGACAGAGGCCAAUGCGGAGGUGUCUUGCUGGACAACACUACGGUUCUCACUGCUGCCCAUUGCCUCCCAAGAAAAGGCAAUAAGACGAGCUUCAGGGUCGGCACGCUGGACAGACUGUCCGGGGGGGUAGAGAUAAAAGUCAAAACGUAUAAGAGACACCCUGAUUACCGCAGAACUAGCGGGCCUAUCGGUGAAACUAAAGGCGAAUAUCCCAAGAGCGACAUUGCCAUCCUAAAACUAGCAACUCCGGUUGAGGAGAGUGACAAGAUUGGCUAUGCGAAGCUUCCGGCAAAUGGUUCGGACCCUGCGCCCAACACUGUCGCACUCGCCGCAGGCUGGGGCGUGCAAACUGUCAAAAUGUUGCAAGGCCUCAAGGUAGCUGAUAAACUUGCCAAGGUUGCCGUUACUGUUCACGCCCGAGACAAGUGUUUGAGAGAUAACUGGGAUCCAACUGGUAUCGACCAAAUCAUAUGCGCUGGUGGAGACGAUGGCAAAGAUACAUGCAGAGGGGAUAGCGGUGGUCCUCUUAUCGACCAGGCCACGGGUGAGUUGAUCGGCAUCACAGCGAUGAGUUUGGAUGAUUGUUUCAAAGGCUCCCCAGGGCUGUAUACCAGUGUCAGCCAUUUCCUCCCCUAUAUUGAGGAAAAUCUUGGGGGCUUCUGA